AUGGCAAACACCGACGACCUCUCAAUCUACGACGAGAUCGAGAUCGAAGACAUGACCUACGACCCCACGCUCCAGAUCUACCACUACCCGUGUCCCUGCGGCGACCGGUUCGAGAUCGGCAUCGCUGACCUGCGUGAUGGCGAGGAGAUUGCCGUGUGUCCCAGUUGUAGUUUGAUGGUGAGGGUUAUUUUUGAUAUGGAUGAUCUGCCUAAAGAAGGCAACGCAAGCGCUGGCGCUGUUGAGAUUACUGCGUAA